AUGUCUACCGCCACCGCUAAUGGCGGCGACGAUGGAUCACGAGCAAGCCCUCAGCACAGUCCCCGGGACUCCCAACGUGAAAAAGCAAGCAACACAUCCACGGGGACAAACAGGACAGCAAGGACGGGAAGGACGGGUGGGUACUUUACAUUAGGCUACAAGGAAGGUUUCAGUCAAUGGUGGGCAAAUAUACCAGCUGCCAAAGCCGAACAUACUGUUCUGUCAUACAUUCCCUACCUCAAGCAACCUCCGACCCACACACAAACGGGGAAGAUGCUACCCUCCGAAACCCCAUCAACAGCAUCCUUCUCAGAUAAUAGCGUCGACAAGGCCUCGGCUGUCCAGACGCAUUCCAAUAGCGAUCCAUACGGACCCCGGCAAUGGCAUUCAAAUUUGGUGAAACUAAGCGGCAAUAAUCGAGCCCUCAACGAGUUCUCGGUGGAACGCAUGGGCGAGGACAUUGACCAGAAUUUGGUCAUCCUUCAUGGCUAUGGUGCAGGACUUGGCUUCUUCUAUAAGAAUUUCGAAGGACUAAGUCGAGUCAAAGGGUGGAAAGUGUAUGCCCUUGAUCUCCUGGGAAUGGGUCGAAGUAGUAGACCACCGUUCAAACUUCACUCCAAAGAUCGGCAAAAGUGCAUCACCGAAGCAGAAAACUGGUUUAUCGAUGCUCUAGAGGAAUGGCGGGUGCAAAGAAAGAUCGAUCGGUUCACUCUCGUCGGUCACUCUCUAGGUGGUUACAUGUCCGUUGCUUAUGCGUUGAAAUACCCUGGACAUCUGAACAAAUUGAUUCUGGCUUCCCCCGUCGGGAUACCUGAGGAUCCGUACGCCGUAAAUGCUGAAAUGCCGGAACCCACAGACUCCACCCUAACCAAUGAGUUCAGCCAAGAUCAAGAAGAAGAUGUGAAGAGCAGCUCAAACCCCAAGAUACCAGAAUCCGCGAAGCAAGGAGACAAGAACAACUUUCUAAAUGCCAGAUCGAAAGGACAGGAGACCAGCAAGACUGUAGACAAAACGCUACCUACUGCUCCAAGGAAACCACUGCCCAAAUGGCUGACCUACCUGUGGGACGCGAACAUCUCUCCGUUCAGCUUGGUUCGCUGGUCCGGGCCGUUGGGUCCCCGCUUCGUCUCAGGCUGGACAUCUCGACGAUUCUCUCACUUGGCAACAGAAGAAGCUCAGGCUCUCCACAAUUACGCGUACUCACUAUUCAAGCAGCGAGGUAGUGGGGAGUUUGCCCUAGCGUACAUAUUGGCACCGGGCGCAUUUGCCCGGAGUCCCCUUAUACGGCGUAUUCAAGGCGUCGGCCGGCAAUACCUACAACCGGAUGGAUCGACGACUUCCAGUGUCGAGUCGGCGGUGCGAAAGCGAGAGAAUGGCAUUCCUGUCGUUCUUAUGUACGGAGAGAAUGAUUGGAUGGAUAUAGCUGGUGGCUACGCCGCUGAGCAGAAGAUGGAGGAGGAGAAGGCGUUAAUUUGGAAGACAGCCUCUGCCGCCGAGAAGGAGGUUGACAAUGGCUCAGCCAAGGUUUUGAUCAUCAAAAAAGCCGGUCACCAUGUAUAUCUGGACGGCUUUUCUGAAUUUAACCAUGUCAUGCGAGAAGAAAUGGAGGAAGUUUCACGUCACGAAAGGCAGGCGUAG